AUGGACAUCGUCCACAACGUACUCAACCUCGUCCGCCGAGUCUCUGGCGGCAGGAAACACACCGUAUCCACCCACAGCAGCUUCAGCGACAACAUCGUUACUCCAUUCAAGAUCAUCCAUGUCACUGCCGAGGACGCUGUGAGCAGCAAGGUACCUCUACUGGACGACGAUCCUUUCGUGCGCUGCCACAGGCCGUCACCAGCCAUUGUCACCCCGGAACCACCACUCCUUACCCUCCCUGUUUUCCCUCCUUUCAAGAUUCCCAAACGGUACCUCUCGUCACGUGUCGCCUCCUCUCCACCACCAGCCGGCCAGGCAGACCCCUCAGCCGACUUCCCGUGGCUCGGCCAGCUCGGUGAUGCCUCUCCGCGUCUUCCGAAUGAGAUCAUCCGGUUGAUCGCGCAGAAGGCCGCCGCGUCUGGUGCUCAGGCAACGGUGGCCAACUUGGCUCUCGCAUCCAAAGCAACUCACGCUGUGGUCAUUCCCGAGCUUUACAACACCAUUCAUGUUACUUGGGGCAACAUCUCCGGCUUGUGUUACGGUCUGCUCCCGCCAAGCAGUUUCGCGCGUGGCUCGAACACAACCAGCAUAUUUGAACUCGCCACGACGGUCAUUCUCCACCAGCGUCAAGACUACAACGUCUUCCUCAAGUGGCAGCAGUACAAGCUCGGGUGCCUGGCCCUCUGCCGUACCGUGGUGCUCGAACGUCUCCCAUGGGACCGCGAGCAGGAGUUUCUGGCGCUCCUUAGUCAAUUCAGACUCACCUUUGGAGUCACCAAGGUCUUGUUUCCCAACGCCACGACAUUGUCGAUCACCAGCGAGGCAAUGGUAAACCUCACGUGGGGGAGCCUUCGACGAGGGGUGUUUCAAGAGAAGACACUCCUCCGCAAGCUCGUUACCAUUGCCAACAUCUGCCACCCGACACAAGUGUGCUUUUCGCGGCCGAAGGAGCGGCGCAACGUGGCCGAGAAGUUUGACAUGGGAAGUGGUCGCCGCCGCCGCCGCCGCCAGGCGCUAGUCACCGUGUCAUUUCCAGAGGUUGUCACUUGUCUCACAGCAAUGCUUCCUUCUAUCGCCAGUGUCACCCUCCACGAUGCCUUCACGUGCUACCCGGUUUUCCACGGCAACGUCUUGACUCGAGCCUUCUUCUCGCGAGAGUACGGCCUCAAGUGGGCAUCGGGCGAGCCAUUCCACGGAUUCGUCGGUUUCCUCAGUGUCGACGCCAUGACAAUCCCCAGUGACCUCUACUCAGUGCUUCAUGGCAAAGGCUGGGAGUUUAUCGACGGUACGGAGCCGUCCGAGGGCCGACUGGACGCAUUCGCCGCCGAGAUCUCGCGACGCGACGCGCGAAACACGGAGCUCGUGGGCGAAAUCCUUUCACGCAUGCGGUGGAGCACGCGGGCCGAGGCGGCACCGUGCGUGUGCUGUGGUCGCAAGUAG